AUUUCUUACGCAGAACAUCCAAAGCAUACUCCACCUUGCAAACAUCACACCGAUCAUCGCCCUGCACUGCAGGUGUUGAUAUCGAUGCAUAUGCAACCUGCAAUUCUUGGUGCGGUUCGUAGUUGGUUUGAUCUUUGCAGAAGAGUCGUGCAGUUAAGACUGUUUUAUGGGUUGAGAACUUCAGAGUUUGUACUCAAGUCUUAAUUUCAUUUAUUGGACUACCGAUGAUACAAUGACUCGAACUGGACGAUGGACAACGAGGUCGAUCUGCCUGAAAAAUCUACAGGAGAUAGUCCUCCUCUGCCUCAUGUACCGGACGUCAGACCCUGGAUUUCCGGGAAAAACACUAAAAAAUAUGAAAAUGGAACUUCUACAGUACCAGGCAGUCAGACACAGAAUAUGAACUAGUAUUGCUUUUAGCCCAAGUAAACUCUUCUCUUCUUAUUUGAACUUCCGGUUAUUAGGAAAGAACUACGAAAUGCUAUUCGUUCCUUGGUAGCCCUUUGUCAUGCUUAGAUGGCUUUGGCAUCGGUUCAUUAUUCUACUUUAGUUGGCUUCCAUUCUACGUAGCCCUUUUGCUUUGGAGUUGAUUCUUGCUCUCUUCCUACUCCUAGCAAAGAUUCGUACAACUAUUCAGUGACAAUCACAAAAGGUAAGGAAAGACACAGACUUGCAAAGAAUGCAAUUGCAGUAACCCAAACUCCAUUCUGCUUUCCACGACCUUCAGCACCCACCCCACCCAAUUCCGCACGACCAGCGGCAGCCAUGGCGGACCUCGGCGGCAUGCUUGCCGCUGCCAUCCUCAAGGUGGUGGGUGCCCAGAUCGGUUCAGCGAUCGGAGGCCAGAUCACCCUGCAGAAGAACUUCGAUGAGGACCUGAAGAAGAUGAAGAUGGCACUCGAAUCCGUCGAUGCCGUCCUUGAGGAUGCCGAGAGGCGAUCCAUCACGGAUAAAUUGACGCGUCUUUGGCUGAAGCGGCUUAAAGACGUCAUGUAUGUCAUCUCCGACAUGAUCGACGAGUUUGAGGCCGACACACAGGCCAUCACCCAGCCGUCUGCACGGAAGUGCUCUUUUAAAAAGUAUUUGGCAAUUAUGAUCCCCUGUCUCACAAUUGGUCCCAAGAUUAAAAUGGCCAACAGGAUGGAGAAGAUGAGGGACGAUCUAGAGCUGAUAACAGAUCAACACAAAAUGUUUAAAUUAACACAAGGUACUAAUGCCAAUGAGACGAAGGUUACUGAUAUAAGGGAAACAUCGUCAAUCAUGGAGACACAAAUUGUUGGGAGGACCGAUGAUAAAGAUGAAAUAUUGGCUUCUUUAUUUGAGAGCAUGACAGAAGACAUCACAAUCCUUCCUAUAUAUGGCAUUGGAGGCCUUGGCAAGACCACCUUGGCAAAAAUGGUUUAUAGUAGUUCCCAGUUCAAAGAAUACUCUCAGGUGUGGGUUUAUGUGUCUCAAACAUUUGAUUUGAAGCAUAUUGGAAAUUCUAUAAUAUCACAGCUAUCAGAGGGAGUGAAGGAGAGUGAGUACACUGAAAUUCAGAUGAUACACAAAUCCCUUCAAAAGCUUCUUGCUGGUAAGAAGAUUCUUAUUAUUUUAGAUGACCUCUGGGAGGGCGAGGAUUUUCAUCUGGAAAGCCUAACCGACAUGCUAAAGGUUGGGAAGGACAGUAAUGUGGUUGUUAUAGUAACCACACGCGAUGAAGGCAUAGCAAGAAAAAUUUCUACCAUCCGGCCAUGUAAAUUAAAAGCUUUGACUGAUGACAUGUGCUGGUCUAUAAUAAAGAAAAAGAGUGCAUUUGAAUCUAGAGGUGGCAAAGAACAUGCAGAGAAGACAGGGAAGGCCAUCGCAAUGAAGUGUGGUGGUGUGGCUUUAGCAGCUAAAUCAAUUGGACACACGCUGCAAUAUAUAAAGUUCAGUGAAUGGGAAUCCUUGAGGGAUAGCAAUAUAUGGACUGUAUGUUCUUUGAAAGAUACAUCUUCUAUACAAGUGAUUGCAUCUUUGAAAUUAAGCUAUAGUAUUAUGCCAUCAUAUUUGAAGCUAUGCUUUGCCUAUUGUGCAAUAUUUCCUAAAGGUCACAAGAUAGUUAAAGAGGAGCUUAUUUACCAGUGGGUUUCUCUUGGUUUCUCUACUUGGCAACUUGGUGAGAGAUGCAUUAGUCAGCUUUUGGGACUCUCUUUCCUUGAACAUUCAAAUUCAGACUCGAAUAUCGAGCUAUAUGAUGAAGAUAUUACAUUGUUAACCAUGCAUGACUUGGUGCACGAUUUAGCUAGGACAGCCAUGGACAAUGAAAUUUUUGUCGUUAGCAAAGGCGAUAAUGCCCAGGGAAGCUGCUAUCACUAUGCACUACUCGAUGAUUGUACCAAGCCAUUGGUCUCGGAGUUAUCCAAGAUAAGGGCACUCCGUUUUAUGAAGUGUGAUAAAAUCACAGUUCAUGAUGCUGCAUUUUCAUCCGCUAAUUCCCUGCGUGUCCUGGACUUAAGUGAAUGCAUCAUACACAAGUUGCCAGAUUCUAUUGGUGUACUGAAGCAGUUGAGGUAUCUUAACGCUCCGGGAGUCCAACAUACAACGAUUCCAGAUAGUAUCACCAAGCUCUCAAAAUUAAUUUAUCUGGACAUUCAUGGAUCUCCUACAAUUGUGAAGCUACCGAAGUCAAUUGGAGAUACUGACGGUCUGGUGUAUCUUAAUUUGUCAGGUUGUUCAAGACUUGCAAAACUACCAGAAUCAUUCAAGAGGCUACAAAAGUUAGUGCAUUUAGAUCUGUCAAAUUGCUCUUGUGUUGGAGGUAUAUCUGUACUCUUGGGGAACCUCACCCAACUCCAGUAUUUGAACUUAUCUCAUUGCCAAAAAAUUGGAGAGAUGCCGGAAGCUCUAGGCAUCUUAUCCAAACUAGAGUAUUUGAACUUAUCAUUCAGCUCAUAUCUUGAAAGUUGCCAGGAAGAAGAAGUUUUGGGCGCCCUGAACAAACUUGAGUAUUUGAACUUAUCUUCAAAGCACUGUAGUCUUCUAAAGCUCCCAGAAGCUUUGGGCACAUUCAUUCAACUCAAGUACUUAAGCUUGUCAGGUUGUGAGAGAAUGUUAGAAUUGCCGAGGUCAUUUCCGAGUCUGAAAAUUUUGGUGCAUCUUGAUCUAUCAUACUGUCAUAGGAUUUGUUUUCUAGAUGAAGCUUUGGUUGGCCUUUCGAAUCUGCAGCAUUUGAAUUUACAGGGUACAUGUAUCAAGUUGCUGCCAGAAGAUGUGAACAAACUCCGGUAUUUGAAUGUAUCUAGGCUGAAAAUGAUGUCUGAAGAUACCAUGGACAGUUUCAUCAACUAUAUAUGCAGUAAUCUUUCCAAUCUGGAGCAUUUGGACUUGUCUGAUAAUAUUCUUAUUAAGGGAAUACCUAAAAGUAUUUGUAACCUGAGAAAGCUGCAUACAUUGAACCUCUCAGAAUGCAGAUUUCUUCGUUGGAUACCAGAAAGUAUAGUUACAAUCGAUAGUUUGAAGUUUCUUGAUAUAAAUGGUUGUUCCAAUAUCUCCAAAGUUCCUCAGCUUGGUAGCAGUGCAAUAUCGUUACCGUACUUUAGGGUGCGGCGUGGUGAUGGUCACUGUAGUAGUAGCCUCGUCCUGCUACAACACAUAGAUCCUGUCGUCCUCAAGUUGACUAAACUUGAAAAUGUGAAGUCCGUUGAAGAGGUACAUCGUAUAAAUUUGGCUGGAAAGACACAACUUGAGGACUUGACACUGGAGUGGACUCAAGAUGCUGAGAGAUUUGUGGAUCACAAAAUUUUGAUGGAAAAUCUAGUGCCACCAAUCACAUUGAAGAAGUUGGAGAUAUGUGGUUACAGCGGUAUGAGCUUUCCAGCCUGGCUAAUGGGCCAAUUGCCAAACCUAAAGCAUCUGGUUUUCAGAGGUAUGGCAAACCUGGAAGAGUGGAACACGUCAUACUCCAAUUGUGGGGAGCACGUGAUUGGACAGUUGGAAAUACAUGAUUGCCCUCUGUUAAGGAUGAAACCGCUUCCACCUAAAGCUUGGGACUGGGUGAUAUCAAACAGUGAUAACGUGUUAUCAUCAUGGGAAGAGUGUACUAGACCACACGCCGAUGCCACCUCCUCUGUUUCUCCGGUAAUAACUACUGAGCUAUCAGUUAAAAACUGCAAGGUACCUAUGCAUCAGUGGAGGUUGCUUCAGCACUUCCCUGGCCUCACUUCUUUGUCUAUUAAAGGCUCAGUUGAUCUGACCGGCUCACCAGAUGUCAUCCAACAUCUCUCCUCUCUGGAGACUCUAACGCUACAAGACGAAGACUUGGAAGAGCUGCCAAAAUGGUUGAACGAGAACAAGGGGCAACUUACAAAGCUAACUCUGAUAGAUUGCAACAGCAUGGCAUCACUGCCGCACUGGUUAGGAGAAUUAACCUCCCUCAAGAAACUUCGCCUGUGGGGCUGUGCUGUCUUGAGUUAUUUGCCAAAAAGUAUACAGCAACUCACCAGUCUCCACACACUAGAUAUUACUAGGUGCCCUGAAUUAAAGUGCUUGGGUGAAAGUGUAUGUCUCCUGCCCAGCUCUCUUCGGGAACUUAAAAUCUGGAGCUGUAACGGUAUCAAGUGUUUGCCUGAGGGCAUGGAACAACUCACCAACCUCCAAAAACUGGUUAUUUGUAAUUGCCCUGACCUAAGACAGUGGUGUGAAUUAGAGGAGAACAAGAUGAAGCUGGCUCACAUAGAAGAAAAGAAUAUAUUCUUUCCUGCAUUUCUUAGAGAGUUCUUUCCUGCAGAAAUGCCUAUAUGGUAUCGAUCUAACCAUGUCCGACGGCUCCCGCCCGACGUGGACCUCCCGAUCGUUCUAUCAGAACUGCCGAGCUGGGCUCAAUCGGAGCUGAUCAACAACCCAGACGUGAGGAGGCAGGAGGAAAUGGACAAGGUUAUCUGGUUUCACAGUAGAAAAAAGACUUUUGUUAAACUGCACCUCGUUUUGGAAAAUGUAGCACUAGAGGCAGAGCACCACUUGUUCCGCUGCUCCUCGGUCUCCGGCUAG